AUGAUUACAAGAAAGCGUGCCAAAGAAAACGCUGAUGAUCAUCUUAUUGUUGAUUCAUCAACAGAUGAUGAUGAGACUGUAAAGAAGAGCACUCGUAUUCCGAAAAAGAAGGUAAAAAAGACAACAGAAGAACGAAUCAAAGAAGUUGCAGGAGAUUCACAAGAUAACGAUGAUGAAAUGGUGGACGAUGAAGUUGGUGAAUCUGGUAAAAUCAAUACGAAACGUUUAUUGGAUGUCAGAAGUAAAAGGGCAAAGAGAUUGGAUUUUGAACAAGGGUUUUUCUAUUUACCAAAAUUUGAUUGUUACUUACCUAGACCUGUUCUUCAUAUGAUUAUGGGAUAUAUUCCUCCAUUUCCAUACUUUUUGAAUAUUAGAAGUAUUUCACAACAAUGGUUAGAUGAAUUUGACACUGAACUUUGUCAAAAAGUAAAGGAGCUAGAUUUGAUUCAAAGAUACGAUAUUAAUGAUGAAAAAAUCAAAUACAAAUAUCCGUGGUAUGAUGAGAAUACUACCACUAUUAGAAACAAUGACAGUAUAAGAUUCUUGGCUUUAUUAUUCCCAAAUGUUGAAAAAUUAAUGGUGCCAGCUAUUGGAUAUUCCAAUGUUAGACUUCCACCCAAUGUUUUGAGACUUUUCUCCAAAUUACAAACUAUGGAGAUAUUUUACCUUUUACCAAUUGCACUUGAUCCCACCAAGAAUAUUGAAAGAAGAGCUGCUAUUACUUACAAACAAGAAAUUACAGAUAUUCAAUCAAUUACCAAUAAUAGAUACUUAACGCAAUUCAGUUCUAUCAUUAGAGAGAAUGAUGAUAACUCCAACCUAGUAGCAACAAAUGUACUUGUUCCAGAAAAUGUUGUUUCUUUAUUCACCUAUCUUGUUGAGAAUGAACACUUUUCUCUAAGGAGAUUGGAUAUUCUCUCACUACCAAAAAUUCUCUACAGCAAAGAAUUAAUUACUUUCAUUUUACAACAUACUGAAAAACAAGUCAACCAAGGUUAUGGCUAUCCAGAAUUUUAUUCAGACUCAAAUAUCAUUCACAUUACCAAUGAUGAAGUUCUUGAUCAUAUGGCAGAGAACCAAUUUUUCAAAAAUGUUCUCUCUCCAAAAUUAAUCUACCAUUGGAAAUUUAUUUCUCAUUUAUUAUCAGAAUUAUCAAAGGUAAAAACAUGUAAAAUUCUAUUUGAACAGUCAGAGUUACCACUUGUAUUUGAUGGUGAAAUUAAUCCACUACUAUGGAUUAUUAAGAAUAAUAACUCAUCCCAACUGCCAGAUAUCAUUGAAUUCUUAUUUACUUUGAAUCCAUCUCUUGUUACAUUAGGUGAUGCGAAUGGUGUUGUGAAUGGGGAUGAAAAGAAUAUGAAUAUUCUGCACUUGUAUAUUACAACUUGUAAAACUAUUGAGGAGAGAGUUGUUUCUUCACUGAUCAAUAUUGGUUGUAAUAUCAAGUAUGUUUGUCCAACAACAGGAAAUAACUUGAUUCAUAUUCAUCCAUGCUCUCCAUAUGCCUUUGCAAAAGCCUACCAAAAAUUUGGUUUAUCCAUUAAUGAUGUAAAAUUUGAAAAAAAUUGGAACUUAUUGCACAAGUUAAUCAAUUUAACCAAAGCUAGUGGCAUUGCUUGCCUGUUAAUUACACACGGAGUGGAUGCCAAUUUAGUUGAUGAAGAUGGUAAUCUUCCCCUUAUUUAUUUUUUAAAAGAAAAAAUUCAUUCUGAUGAAGAUUUCAUAGCCUUAAUGAAUUCAAUUUCAGAAGAAACGUUGACAAAGCGUUACAAUUCCAAAUCAUUACUUGCUAUUGUUAUUGAAAUGUUUGAUCCAACAAGUUUGACUGCAUUUUUUAGGGAUGAACUUGAUUCAUCAUAUGCAAUUCUACAACUUAUUGCAAAUCUUCUUUCAAGAGGAUGUAAAUUGAAUGAAGCGCUCUCAGAGCUAUCAACAACACUUUAUGAAAAAGAUAAUCUCGAUUUCAACAAGUCAAUUUUCUUGAUGAAAUUGAUUUUUUCCAUGACAAAUCAAACAGAAGUUGUGGAAAAGAUCUUAAAGUAUUUGGAAAAUCUUGAGGAGGCUCUCAUCAAACCACAAACCUUUUCAAAUUGCAAAAUUUCACCUCUAAUGUUUUUGCUUUUUUUAUGGGGAGAUAGCUAUAAAAAAGCUGAAUUUUACAGAGCCUUCUACUCUGAUAAGCCACUGUUCUCUCCAAAGUUACUGGAGAAUAUUAUUGACAUACCUAAUAAGAAAAUUGAUUCAUUAUUUUUUGCAAUCGCCACAUCUGGCGCUAGACAAAUAAGUUGGGAAUAUUUGGAAGGAAUUUUAGGGUUUGAACAUGAAAAAAGUGGAUGGAGCAAUACAACAAGCAAGCAUUCCGAUUUCUUAAGAUAUUUUGAAAAGUACAGAUAUCAUGAUGAAGCAUUUGGACCUAUCAAUAUAAUUCAAAUUGCAAAAUUAAUGGCAUCAGAUGCAGUACUAGGUCAAAUACUUUACCUCGACAACUCUAAUCAAGUAUUAAAUGCGCUUGGAAAUGAGACUUUCCAAAAUAGUGAAUCAAUUUUAGAACAAAUUGCAAAGAGUAGAUCAUUGAAUAUUGGAAACUUGUUUAUUGACCGUUUUAAUAAUCCAAAUACGGUAGAAUGGACACCCAAACACUUCAGAGCAGCAUUUGAACAUGACAAUUUUCAUACUUGUUAUGAAAUCAUCAGUUGUGAUAAGUACAAACAUGAUUUCACAAAUGAAGAGAUAGUACAAAUAUUGAUUGGAUCGAAAUGUAGUGAUCAAGUAGGGUUGUUACAAACCAAAAUUAACGGAUUGACUUUUAAGGAAAAGUUCAAGCUUUUUAGUACACGUUUCAAUAUCAUUUUUACAAAAAAUCACAACAUUCACAAUGUUCCUUGGAAAAAAACACAAUCAUGGGGAUAUUAUUUAAAUCAAUUAAUAGAAAGGGCAAAUAAUUUACCUUUAAUAGAUCGAGACACAGAAGAACUAAAUCUAAGUUUAUUGGAUGUUUGUUUAAUUGAUGGUUUAAUGUUCCCAUAUCUUUAUGCUAUCCUUGAUAGUGCAGCAGGAAGAAAGAGGAAGAAAAUUACAAUAGAUUCAAAAUUAAGCCAAGACCUAUUAAUCAAUUGGUUGACUUCCAAAAACACAGAAGGAAGAACUGUUCUUCAUAUGAUAUGCCAAAAUUGUAAUUCUGAAAAUUAUGAUACCAAAUCUGAUAUGCUCAACGAUUUAAUCAAGUACAUUUCCUCUCACAACAGAAACGAUAUUUUCAACUUGCAAGACAAUGAAGGCAAAACUCCACUCUUUCAUGCUGUAGAAUCUGGCAAUUUUAUUGAAACAUUUUUGACAGUUUCUGAUAUUUCCAUACAGAAUAAUAAGGGAGAGAAGAUUCAAGAUAUCCUAAAUGAAGAACAGAAGGUAUUAUUUGCUCCUUAUUUGCAAGUUAAAAAACCAACCACAACCUCAAAAUCUUCCAAUAGAAGAAAGAAAAACCAAAGUGAGGAUGAAAACAGAGCAAGUAGUAGUGAGGAUGAAGGUAAAUCCAAGAAGAAAACCGCAACCAGAACAGCAAGAAGGAAGAGAAAAUAA